AUGCCCAGAAGAGACCAAGAGCCAAUCCCACAAACACCAGACUCCUCUGAUGACGAGAAUGAGCGACAAGCGGCAGAACCCACAUUCGUUUUUGAAUAUCGCCUUACCAAUAUCGAGCGUGUUCUGAAGUCACGAACCGGACUCUUCAGAACUUUCCGAGGCUGCUUGAUCGCCUUUUGGUACCGCAAACAAGUCAAGGCACUUGUGGCUUUGUUGGAUGGAUUGGAGAGUCGAAACAACUGGGCGGGUAUCAAAAGAUACAUUCGUUUGAGAUUCACGGUGACAGAGAAAACGCAGGGAGGCACAGUCUUUCUGAUUCGAGAAGUGAACGGCAAAGACGAGGACGUUAAGAAGCAUGACACUCCGUGCUAUAUAAACAAGCAGUUUUUGGAGCGCCUUCGGCCUAUGGUAGUCGUAUAG